AUGAUUCCCACUCGGAGCUUAUCCGCUCAGAGCGGCUUCUUCAGGCGCAGCGCCGAAGAGCUCGGCCGCCUCUCAAGAAUUGCAUGGAACACCGAAGCUCUCUCCACUCCUACCAAACCCUAUGUGAUGCUCGACUUCCAAGAUAAAGAGGAUGUCCAGGGCUGCAAGACCAUGGCGGACCGCGUGGUCGGCGGAUUCAGCACAGCUAGCGUCGAUUUCGAGCCUGGAGACCCUGAGACUAACACGCCGCCACACGCUCGAUUCCACGGCUCGAUCUCAACUAAGCUCCCCGAUAACUGGCGCGUCGAGAGAACUGGAUACGCUGCCUUCCGCAACAAGGACCGCGGCAUGUGGCUCUUCGGCCGUCUGUACUGGGACGUCGACCCCUACGCUUACCUCGCCCUCCGCGUCAAAUCCGACGGCCGCCGAUACACCGUCAAUAUCCAGACGGACUCUGUCAUCGAAACCGAUAUUCACCAACACAGAUUGUAUACCCGCCACCACCGUAUAUACCAGAACGCAUACGCGAAUACGAAAGAAGGGGAACAACCCGGGCACGUUCAAUCAUUGGAAAAUGAGGACCUCGACGGAUAUCCUGCUCCGCAAGGCGUCCCUGAUGCUCUUUCUGAAAUCCCGCCUGAGUAUACUAUCAUCGGCUCGUCCUCUUCUUCAGCAACCACUUCUGGCGGGACGGGGUGGGAGACUGUUCUUCUGCCGUUUAAUUCGUUCGUCAGGACGAACCAUGGCUAUGUUGUUGAACCGCAGACUUCACUCCUUCGUCAGCGGAUCAAGAGUAUUGGUAUUGGUCUUACGGACCGUGUUGAGGGUCCGUUCGAUCUGCGCAUUCAUAAGAUCUGGGCUACGAAUGGAAUGAGUGAGGCGGAAGUUGAGGAGGAACGACAGAUCUGCGGUGCGGAUGCGCUGUCGGUUGAUGAGGGCGUUGAGUCGCAUUGGAUUGAACGUAACAAGAAGUCCAAGGGCACCGAUAACCAAAAGAGCACCGACGCUAAGGGUCUGAAGGGUUUGAAGUCCGAAUGGGAUGAGUGA